UUUUGACAGAUGAACCAUGAAGAGAUAAAAGCAGAAGAUAAUGUUUCCACAUUGAAGCAAUUUGUCCUUCUGGGUUUUUCUGAACUUCCAUACCUGCAAGGGUUUCUAUUUGGGGUGUUCUUCCUCAUUUACCUGAUUAUCUUAUGUGGAAAUAGCCUCAUAAUCAUAAUAACCAGGCUUGACACCACAUUGCAGAAUCCCAUGUAUUUUUUCCUGGCAAAUUUUUCUUCAUUAGAAAUCUGUUACGUGUCAGUUACUCUCCCCAGGAUUCUGGUCAACCUUUGGACUCAGAAUAGAAGCAUUUCUAUGCUGAACUGUGCCACUCAAAUGUGCUUCUUUCUUGUGCUGGGAGCCACUGAAUGUUUCCUCCUGGCUGUGAUGUCCUAUGACCGCUAUGUGGCCAUCUGUAAUCCUCUGCACUAUCUUUUAGUCAUGAACCCAAAGAAAUGCAUCCGGCUGGCAGCUGGCUCUUGGCUCAGUGGAAUUCCAGUCCAGAUAGGACAAACAUGUCAAAUAUUCUCUCUACAUUUCUGUAAAUCUAACCAAAUUAGCCACUUCUUCUGUGACAUACCCCCCAUUAUCAAGCUAGCCUGUGGGGACACUUCUGUGCAUGAACUUUCUGUCUAUGUGGUGGCUACAUUGUUUGUUGCAUUCCCUUUUAUGCUGAUAAUUGCCUCUUACAGCAAAAUUAUUUUCACCAUACUGAGGUUGCCAACAGCUAUCGGACGGGCAAAAGCCUUCUCCACGUGCUCGUCCCACCUGCUGGUUGUGGUUCUGUUUUUUGGAUCUGCUACCAUUACCUACUUAAGACCAAAAUCCAAUCAGUCUGCACUUACUGACAAACUGCUGUCUCUUUUUUACACCAUUGUGACUCCAAUCUUUAAUCCUAUGAUAUACAGCCUUAGAAACAAGGAUGUGAUUGCAGCACUGAAAAAAUUAUUAUUUAAAACCUAA